AUGUUUGGAUGGAAACGGUUAAUGGCAACAGGAAUUACAGUCAUUAAUAAUUCUGUUUUUCUAUCCUUUCUUCCCUACAUUAAUUUCAUCUAUAAGAAGCCAAUACCUCCGCCAGCCAGAUAUGGUGGCAAACACACCGUUACACUGAUUCCAGGGGAUGGAAUUGGCCCAGAGCUGCUGAACCAUGUGAGGGAACUUUUCAGGUUCAGCUGUGUUCCUGUGGACUUUGAGGUCGUAAACGUCAACUCUUCCCUGACAACUGAGGAUGAUAUCAACAAUGCUAUCAUGGCCAUUCAUCGUAAUGGAGUUGCUCUUAAGGGGAACAUUGAGACAAACCACACACUGCCACCUUCACACAAGUCAAGGAACAAUCUUCUCCGCACCAGUCUUGACUUGUAUGCCAAUGUGAUGCACUGCCAGUCCCUACCAGGAGUGCAGACUCGCCACCAGAACAUCGAUAUUAUCAUUAUCAGAGAGAACACUGAGGGCGAGUACAGCAGUCUGGAGCAUGAGAGUGUGCCCGGUGUGGUAGAAAGCCUGAAGAUCAUUACACGCAACAACUCUCUGCGUAUUGCUGAUUAUGCCUUCAAGCUGGCAAGAGAGAAAGGCAGACGCCGGGUAACAGCCGUGCACAAAGCCAACAUCAUGAAACUAGCCGAUGGUCUUUUCCUGCAGUGCUGUAAGGAGGUGGCCGCUGGAUACCCCGACAUUGCCUUUGACAGCAUGAUUGUUGACAACACUACCAUGCAGCUCGUGUCCAAGCCCCACCAGUUUGAUGUGAUGGUGAUGCCUAACCUUUACGGUAACGUGGUCAGCAACGUGUGCGCUGGGCUGGUGGGAGGACCUGGUCUGGUUCCUGGAGCCAAUUAUGGCAAGGAUUAUGCUGUUUUUGAAACAGCCACUAGGAACACUGGGAAGAGCAUUGCUGGCCGGAACAUUGCCAACCCCACUGCAAUGCUACUGGCCAGCUGCCUCAUGCUGGAUCACAUCAAACUUCAUGAGUAUGCCAGCAUGGUCCGUAAUGCUAUUCUCACCACCAUGAACGAGACUCAGUUACACACAGCGGACAUCGGGGGGCAGGGCACUACCUCUGAGGUGGUGCAGUCCAUCAUGAGGAACAUCAAGAGCACCGGUCCUCUCACUAAAGAGCUCUGAUCCUAUAACCCAACACCACUACAGCUAUACACGAUUCUCGUGGAUAUCAGCACUCCAGUGUGUUAACACAAACAGUGAGAUGACCUCUCUUCACAUGCUCUACUGGAAAACUUCUGUAUUUAAUUCAUCAGUAUUUAAUCUGUCUGGUUUGAUUUUCAUUCUGGGUCACUUGCUUUCUUGUAUAUCAUUAUAGUGUUUACAGUAUCUGUUUAUAUUUAUAUAGAUUCUGUACACGGUUAGGGUUAAUGGUCUUAAAAACAUUCCAGGGUUUACAAUGGUGUUUGUAUUCUGACAGCUGUCCCCCAGACAAUCCAGUAUUGAGUGGGAAUAAUAGUUUUUGUUUAGAGAUUACAUUUAAAACAAAAUAUGACAUUCUUUAAAGGGUUAUUAUAUGAGUUGUGACAGCACAUAAUAUAUUAUGUUAAAAAAGAAAUGUAACUUAGUUUUAUGUGGUCUUGCACAAAUACACCUUAUACACAGUUCAAACUAUUUUAUCUUGCUGCAUUUUCAAUGUUAUACAGAUGCAUUGGUUAUACUGGUAUACUAUGGUUCUUUUUCGCAUCAAUUCUGACUAUAUAUAAUAUAA